AACUUUUCCGCUUCAAUCUUGCUGCCAUCAAGGGUCCAUUUGGUUUUCCAUCGUUGUCUUUGCUCCGUGCUCCCCUGCCACCAUGUCGUCCGGAUCAUCUUCCCCAGAACACCCCCGUGCUGGCAAGCGGCCUCGUAAGUACCCUCCUCGACCUUUUAAUCUCUUCUAUGUCAGAUAAUCAUUUUGGUUUGGGCCCUGAAUGCGAGGUGUUGCGGCGCUCGAGGUAUGAAGUUUUUCGGAGGUUUGAGGGGCGGGCUUGAGCGUUCCCAAGCUGUAUUGCUGCGUGUGUCCCGGUUCCGUUGUUGCCAAGCAUCAUAGCGCAUGCGCAGCGCAGAGGACCAAAAAAAAUCAAACAAAAAAAUCGACGGGAACACCCUGACGGGAAAGACGCCGCAAAGACGUACUACUACUGUACACGGAAAGAGGGGCCCGGGAAGCCUGGAACUUCGGUACCCCACUCUCUUUUGACUGAUCGCCAAUGGUGGCCAAUGCCAUUUCGUUUUUUUCGCUCGAAAACUCGAAAGGCCGUCUUGUCUCCAUUCUUGCGUUCUCUUGGCUACACAUCAUCCAUCGUCCCGUCCCUAGCACCAUCACGACGACCAUAUCAGCAACUAUCAUCAAACCUACCGUUUCUACCAGCGCCGCCGCCUGCCAUUUCUCCUACCUGUCGUUGCCCCCGGACAUUUGGUUAUUCGAUUAUUGAGUGAGCUUCAGGUUUUCAACAUGUCUAACCACGACGUGACCAUGGCAGGCACCCAGUCGCUCCCUCCUCCGGCACUGCCCCAACUCGUUGCUGAGCAGCACAUGCCCAUCCCACCUACCGACAAGGAUACUAAGAGGCUCAUCGUGGUACUCUCCAACGCCAGUCUCGAGACCUACAAGGCGUCCCACGGCGGCUCUGGCCGCAUGGGCAUGCAGCGAGAGGAAAAAUACUCGCUCCUCAAUAGCGAUGAGCACAUUGGUGUCAUGCGCAAGAUGAACAGAGAUAUCAGUGACGCUCGCCCCGACAUUACUCACCAGUGCCUCCUCACGCUCCUUGACUCGCCCGUCAACAAGGCCGGCAGGCUGCAGAUCUAUAUCCAGACCGCCAAAGGGGUCCUGAUCGAGGUCUCGCCUGCUGUCCGUAUACCCCGCACUUUCAAGCGCUUCGCUGGUCUCAUGGUCCAGCUUCUCCAUCGUCUGUCCAUCAAGGGAACCAACUCACAGGAAAAGCUCUUGAAGGUGAUUCAGAACCCUAUUACGGACCACCUGCCUCCCAACUGCCGCAAGAUUACGCUCAGCUUCGACGCCCCCGUUGUGCGCGUUCGCGAGUACAUCGACGCUUUGGGCGAGAAUGAGAGCAUUUGCGUCUUUGUAGGCGCCAUGGCCAAGGGCGCCGAUAACUUUGCGGAUGAGUAUGUCGAUGAGAAGAUUUCCAUCAGCAAUUAUAGCUUGUCAGCCAGCGUAGCGUGCAGCAAGUUCUGUCACGCCGCUGAGGAUGCGUGGGACAUCAUUUAAUCGACAAUCAAACCGUGGUGAGGAACAUGGAGGGAUGGGUGAAAGGUCUGUUUGCCUUUCUCACGCGUGAGAGAGGCUGCGGGGGCUUUGGCCAGCUUCGUGAUACAACAUCGCGAUUUUGCGGGCUAGAGCCUCCGGAACUUGGGUCGCCUGUGAUUGCGCUGUCGCUGUUUUUGCAACCAAAACAUGGGGCGUUCAACAACGGACUCAAGACGCUUUCAUCGUCUACGCAAGACCAUUCAACCUGGCCUGCCUUCCCUCCUCUCCUUUCGUCAUAUACUCUUCUUCGCCUCUUCCUAGCUCUUUCAUACGUCCAGCCUUAGCUAGUCAAUACUAUCUUCUUGCGGAUACAAAGUUCUCGGGUCAAGUGAAACGCAAUUUUUUGUCGAGCGAACGCUUGCCAUGCGCCAUUCCAACUCAGACAUUGCCAUGACGGAAAGAAGGGCAAGUAGCGACUUGCCCAGUUAGUAUCAGUGGUAGAGAAUGGGAAGUGACGCACUGGAACCAUGUUUUGUCAUCCUUCUUUUUUGCUUACACGAUAUCAGCACUACUACCUAGUAGCCAUCUACCACAGGUCAGUGUUUUCGUGGGUUGCUCGUUUUUCGGACUGCGACGCCUCACUACCCUCCUCUCCUUCCCAAUGCCUUUAUUCUCCCAAAUAAAGCAUUUGCAAAAC